GCCUCAGACCUUUUUAAGCUCUUAUACCAUUAAGAUGUCUCUUUCGGGCGCUGACUUAGACGAUUCGCAAGGCGCUUCGCGCCCAUCAGACGAUACCGAAAUAGACUUAGGCCUCAAUCAGGAGGAAAAUUUAGUGAACAGCAAGGACAGUGUUUCGCAUAAGAAAAGAAGAUCGAGUUCUUCGUCAAGUAGUAGCAGCAGCUCCUCGUCUUCUUCAUCAUCCCUUUCAUCAUCUUCCUCGUCGUCAUCUGAUGAGUCUCACAGCCCAUCACCAAAGAAGAAGAAGACAGACGGCGACGGGAGAAAAGGUUCGAACGAAAAGAAGAGAUCGCGAAAGAAGAAGAAGAAGGAUGCGGAGAAACCUCCUACGGUUACUUCCUGUAAGGUACUCCGUUCUCAAGCUAAGCUGGCUAAAUUAGUGAUGGCGAGAGGUUUACAACUGGCAAAAGUUAAGCUUCUGCGAAACAAGUAUGAUUUAUCUGUUCCAUCUAAAUACUCGUUAAACUGCCCCGCUUUGGACGAUACCUUUUUUCGACGGCUGACGUCUCUGAAGAGCUCAUCAGCGUCGAAAGUUAACAUUGAUCAACGAGAAAAGGCUCUCUUGGCGCUUCAGUUCAAGAUACUGGACAUCGGUAGACCCCUACUAUUUCUUGGUUCUCGUCUGGAGGACCCGGAGUGUAUCGAGGCGCUGGAGACAGCUCUGCAGUUAUGGGGAGUAGCUUUCAACGACAUAACGAAAUCAAGACGUCGAAACAUCCUGCGUCAAACAGAUCCCAAGAUGGAGUCGCUCCUGGAAGACCAAGAUAAUUUUGAAUUUUCAGAGUCCAACCAUCUGUUUGGACGCCAUUUUUUAAAGGCCAUGGUGAGAACGGCAGAUGAUGAAGCUAAACUUAACGCAGCGGGCAGAAACAACGGAUCGUCCACGAGUCGCCAUAGGCGCGAUUCGAGAGGAAGGCGGCUCGAUCAGAGAAAGGAUCGUCACCCAUCCCGCAACCAGUUCGACAAAGGUUACGGCAAGAAUCAAGGAUAUUCGAAUCAGAACAAUGGCAGCUACCAGCUGUCGAGAGGACGUGGCCGCGGAAGAAAUUAUCAACAUGAAAACCGCGAGCAGAACAAAUGAGGCGUCCAAAUAUUAUUUGUUUAUUUUUCUUUGUUGGUAAAAGGUCUGAGGCUAUGGGGGCAGAGGGCCUUUGUCAUUGGUUUUUGCUUUGAAUAGCUAAUAGAGUGCAGGUCAACACCGCUAUAAGGCUUCCUUUAUUUAUUUCUUACAAUCCCAAUUGUCCAUCGGCAGCGCUUUGCGCUGCCUCGAACAAUUUAGUAAUUCCUCAUCAUUUCAUCUCAACCAACCCACGUUUUUUAUGAGAUUUCCCGCGGUAGAUGGCGCCAUUUUCGCAAAGUAUCUUCCAUUAAUCUUUCAUACGUUUUCUUACCUUCCAAGCUAUAACCCCGAUAUAAUAGGAAAGGUACACUCUCGCGCUAUCCCAGUCUCUUGAAACUUGGUCUCCGCGAGACGGUCUCAAAGGGUCGAGACCGUCACCCGUACAGUACAUCCCAGUGGGACUAUUCCGGCCCUCCCAUUGGCUUCCACACUAUCCCUACCCUUAAGCCCUCCUUCAUAGCCUUCUGCUUUCCGCACCCACAUUUUUCUGCCCUAAUCCGAAAAAUUUGUGUCGGAUUGCCGCCUUCAUUUGUUUUGUUUUAUUGAGUGUUUUGACGUUUUGUUUUCGUUGUGAUGGAUCAACACAAACUUGGGAGUUCGCACUGAGCCUUUGUAGCGAUAGGACGUGCCACACCGUCUCACAGUGACACCCGUUACCUACAGUAGGCCCCAGGCAAAUCAUCAGCCUUCCGGCCACAACCUGUCUACCUCACUAGCGUCACAGCUCGCUGUCCCUACCCCCCCAAGUGCCUAUUACAUCAGAACCGAACCACGUGUU